AUGUCACUUUACUUCCAACUAAGAUGCUACGAUAAAGCCGUGAAAAAGGCUGUUGAUGAAGUUCUAGAAAGCACUGUGGAGAAAGCAGUGAAGAUGGCUCUCAACAAAGCCCUAGGAAGCACUGUUGACCGAGUACCAUCUAGUGCAUAUGGAACUAGCCCUGCAGCAAGUCAAAUGGAGCUUGGCUAG